UGGUAAUCGAAGGCGAAUUUGAAUGUGGUCAAAAUACAGAGGCUUCCCACUUGUCCCUCUCGCACCCCAACACCCAGCGACACCCACACCCAGCGACAUCGCGAAAAUCAGUCAAGAUGGCCCGCCGUCCCGCCAGAUGCUACCGGUACUGCAAGAACAAGCCGUACCCUAAGUCGCGCUUCAACCGCGGUGUCCCCGACCCCAAGAUUCGCAUCUUCGAUCUUGGCCGCAAGCGUGCCACCGUCGAUGACUUCCCUCUUUGCAUCCACCUCGUUUCCAACGAGUUGGAACAGCUGAGCUCUGAGGCCCUUGAAGCCGCCCGUAUUUGCGCCAACAAGUACCUCGUCAAGCUUGCCGGCAAGGAAGGUUUCCACCUCCGUGUCCGUGCCCAUCCCUACCAUGUCGUCCGUAUCAACAAGAUGUUGUCCUGCGCCGGUGCCGAUAGACUUCAGACUGGUAUGCGUGGUGCCUGGGGUAAGCCCAACGGCACUGUCGCCCGUGUCAACAUUGGCCAGAUCAUCUUGAGCGUCCGCACCCGUGACUCUAACCGUGCUAUCGCUCUCGAGGCUCUCCGCCGCUCCCAGUACAAGUUCCCCGGUCGCCAAAAGAUCAUUAUCUCCAAGAACUGGGGCUUCACCCCCCUCCGCCGCGAGGAGUACCUCGAGGCCAAGGCCGCCGGCCGCGUCAAGGUCGAUGGUGCUUAUGUUCAGUUCUUGUCCAACAAGGGCAACCUCGCCCAGAACAUGAAGCGCUUCCCUGAUGCCUUCACUGCCUAAAGUGGUGCCGGUGACGGGGUCGUUGGGGGAAAGAAUGGUUAUUUGGCUUGAGGGUGGCGCAACGGGUCAUUUUUAGGGCAGAGACGAAGGCAUGUUUUUAGUAAAGGCCGUGCCUUGACAGUCAAUGGAACCAUUCAGCCAUGAAUGUUCAGCAAGGACUUGUGCAUUAUACCCUCUUCGUACAAUCAAGACUUUCCACUGAACAUCGAUGAGUGAAUCCAUAUAUGUAGCAGC